CCCUGCAGCUAUGGAAUUCCAACUGAGGGACAACUUGUCUCAGCCUAGCCAGCCAGCACCCAACAUUCAGUCCAACACACACGCACACACUGACUUAGAAAAUGCACAUUAAGGCUGGACUGGGUCUAAUUUUAUCCUGCCGGGGCAAGAAUACACUUGUCCCAUCCAAAAUCGCUGAGGAAUGAGGCCGCCUGCUAAGACCUGCCUUUAGAAAAGAAAAGAGGGGUAAGGAAAAGUGCGAGCCAAGUAGAUAAAUGAGCACUGGAGAAAGAGGUGCAUACACUCACUGGGAAUACAACAGUAUUUAUUGUUUACUUGGUCUUCUGUAGGAGGCAGAAGAGGAAACAAACAGACUCAACACGUCACUUUGCCCAUUCAGCGUUGCUUCCUGUUCACACUCUCUGUUCCCUUCGCUCCAACACUCGGUGCUGACCCACAGAUUGGGGCAUGGAUGGAUUAGUUAGGUCUGUGUGUACGUGUGUGUAGAUGUGUGACAGCGGAGUGUGUGAGGAUAAGCCCCCCGCCCCCCCUGUCAGGAUGAGCAGCCAAGGAGGAGGAGCCAAGGACCCCCAGUCGGCCAAUCACAACUCUCGGCCACUGCCGUCAGUGCCGGAGGAGAGGAAGUCCAGAAACAAGAUCAUCUCGAUGUUUGCCCCUGAGAAAGGAGGCAGGAAGAAGGACCGCGACAAGGACAGGCCUGAGAUCUCCUCCCCCUCAGACUUUGAACACACCAUCCAUGUGGGUUUUGAUUCUGUCACUGGAGAGUUCACUGGCAUGCCAGAGCAGUGGGCCCGUCUACUGCAGACUUCCAACAUCAGUAAAUCAGAACAGAAACAGAAUCCUCAGGCCGUCCUCGACAUUCUGAAGUUCUACGACUCCACCAGUGGAAAACAGAAAUACCUCAGCUUUUCCGCCUCGGAUAAAGACUCACAGUUGUCAGGCAAGCAGGGUUCAGCGACCUCUCCAUCAGGUGGAAAGGACAGAGACGAUGAUGAAGAUGAUGACUCACCACCUCCAAUUGUGGCACCGCGGCCAGAACACACAAAAUCAAUGUACACAAGGUCGGUGAUAGACCCACUCCCAGCUCCAGAGGUAGACGGCGCCUCUAAGGCAGGCGACAAACAGAAGAAGAAGGGAGGAGGAGGCAAGAUGACCGACGAGGAGAUCAUGGAGAAACUCAGAACAAUUGUCAGCAUCGGAGAUCCUAAGAAGAAAUACACCCGCUAUGAGAAGAUCGGCCAGGGGGCAUCUGGCACAGUUUACACGGCCAUAGAUGUUGCCACAGGACAAGAGGUGGCCAUCAAACAGAUCAACUUGCAGAAGCAGCCGAAGAAAGAGCUGAUUAUCAAUGAGAUCCUGGUCAUGAAGGAGAUGAAGAACCCCAACAUUGUCAACUUCGUAGAUAGUUUCCUCGUGGGAGACGAGCUUUUCGUGGUGAUGGAGUACCUGGCUGGUGGCUCCCUAACUGAUGUUGUGACAGAGACCUGCAUGGACGAGGCUCAGAUCGCCGCCGUCUGCAGAGAGGUCCUCCAGGCUCUGGAGUUUCUUCAUGCCAACCAGGUCAUCCACAGAGACAUCAAGAGUGACAACGUAUUGCUGGGGAUGGACGGAUCGGUCAAACUCACCGACUUUGGCUUCUGCGCCCAGAUUACGCCUGAGCAGAGCAAACGCAGCACCAUGGUGGGAACCCCGUACUGGAUGGCUCCAGAGGUGGUUACCAGGAAAGCCUACGGGCCCAAAGUGGACAUUUGGUCUUUGGGGAUUAUGGCCAUAGAGAUGGUGGAGGGAGAGCCUCCAUAUCUCAACGAGAACCCUCUCAGGGCAUUGUAUUUAAUCGCCACCAAUGGGACUCCGGAGCUGCAGAGUCCAGAGAAGCUGUCUCCGGUCUUCAGAUCCUUCCUGACCCGCUGUCUUGAGAUGGACGUGGAGAAAAGAGGAUCAGGCAGAGAACUGCUGCAGCACCCAUUCCUGAAGCUGGCCAAACCUCUGUCCAGCCUCACCCCGCUCAUCCUGGCAGCCAAGGAGGCCAUGAGGAGCAACCGCUAAAUCCCGGUCUCUAAGGACAAUAAGAGCUGAAGCCAAUGGCACCCAAACCGGCCAGCAUCCUCUACUGGUCUCCGUUUGAUGACUGUCAGCACCCUGCUAGUGUUUGGUUCUUCAAAGGCUCACAACAUGCUUCUUCACUCCUCCCAGUGUUUUUUUGUACUGCUGCCAGAUUUGUCUUUCGUUUUGUGCCUUUUUCUAAAUCCGCAUACAGCCGUAAUGGUUUUUCUUUUUUGUUGCAGCCAGAGCAUGUGUUUGUUGUUGAUGUCGACACUGGAUACUACAAUAUGCAUAUCAGGAAUGCGUGGAUUGCAAUUGCAAAGGUUCAAGACUCUUUGCACACCAACGGCCGUAUUCACAAAGGAUCUUUUCCCUUCAGAGGUGUUUUUUGGUUUUAAUAGAUGGCAAAGUCCUUCAGGGUUGCAAACUGCAUUUGUACAAGGAGUGGCAAGUUGUGCAAAUCAUUAUCUCUGUUAGUACUGGAUUGUUUUAAAUUUGCAAGUGAGCGAAUAUUAAUAGUCUUGCUGACCAUUGAAAUCUCCAUUUAUUAGUUGUUUAUCAUAUUUUGUUAUAUUACCCGUAGCAGGUAGUGAUUUACUGUACGAGCCCUUUAGACUUUAAGUUUGGACAAACACAUUCUUCAUUUUUAUGUCUUCUCACUCGGCCGGUUAGGAGCUGAAAAUGAAAUUAUUUUGUAUUAGAUAACCUUUGCUGGAACCUUUGCAACUGGUUUCCAUGGUUGCUGUUGCUGUGGUGGUUACACACAUGCAUCCUGAAAGUUUUGAACAUGACAUGGAAAACUAUAGUGUCCCAAUACAGUACUGGACUGUGGCUCACAGCAUGGGACAGUGCAGUCUUUGUGCACUGGGAAAGCCAAAUCAGUGUGUCUGUUUGACCCUGUGUCUUACUGAAAAUGAACCCAUUCUAUUAAAAGUAAUGGGAUCCUAGAUUCUGUACAUGUAACUUUCAAUUAUUUUAUAAAGGUAGAUAAAAGGACCAUCUUUUUUCUGUUAUGGGUUUCCACCCUCUGGUGGCAGCUUCGGGUGUUACCAAGCACCAAAACAUUUGUCAUUAACACUCAAACUCUACACACCUCUGCUCAUCAGACUCUCUGUGCAGGCUCUUCUAAAAACUAUGCAAACCCGUCUGAACAAUCUCAUUUUUUUAAAGCCACAUUUCUAUCAUUACGAUGUUUCUUCUAGAUGUUCGGUUUGUCUUUAGGUGUGCCUUUUACACUAGACACCUUACUGUCGGUGUGUUGGUGUGAGUACAACACAAAGACUGUAUGAAAUUGUCCGAAUAUGUUCAACUGGAGGAAGACUUUGCAUUAUUUUUGUAUAUUAUGUAUUGGUGAUGUCCUAUAUUUUUAACAGCUUUUAAAAAGUAUGUAUAUCAUUGUUUUAUAUUUGUUACUAACACAACAGAAGGCAAAUUUGUUUUUGUGUACCAAUUCAUUCUCAGUUCCCUGAACUGUGUAAUUAUGGCCUUCAAACCAUAAAUUGUAUUGAAAAGCCUAAGACGAUAGAGUCAAGCAGUAUUAGGAAAUGCUUGUUUUAACCUGCUUGGAGUAUCCAAAGAGAUUGGUUUAUACCUCAUUUUCCAGCAUGAAUAGCCAAUCACUAGAACACAUUUAAAAACAUUGACUAAAUGUGCCUUUAACAUGUGCUACAUGAUGCAGUAAAACCCACACAAAUGGUACUCAACAGGUUGACACACACAUACUGAAUACUUGCGAAUACUAUUUACACGCUGGAAAUACACUGUUAUGUUCCUUUUGACCAGAACACACAUUCCAGUUAUACAUGUAAUAUGAUGAUUUAAGAGUGUAACAUGAAUGUGUUGUUGUUAAUCAUGAAACCAACAACUUCUGGCAUUGAAUAUCAUCCAAACAGUAUGUAAAUUAUUAAAGGUAGACCUUUAUAGG